CUCUAAUCAAUUGCCUCCCAGGACCCGAAUUCCCAGUUACAGCUCCGGCAAUGUCAGAGGCUCGGGGCCCCUCCUCCCAGUCCUAGGUCCGUUUUUCAGGUAUUGUCCUGAAGUCUUUGUGCCUUCGCGCUAAGCUUUUGUGGAUCAAGGACCUGGCAGCCCCUUCUGCUUACAUGACCCAAGCGUUGAUCACGGGGACAGCCUCGCUGCUUUCUGCCCGUGGAUCCCGGUGAGUGGGGAAACUUUCAGCGUGAGCUCUCCAGCCCUUUGCACACGAGGCCCAUGUGAUUCCUGCUAUUCCUAGCUUUGUCAUGGUUUAAAAUUAGCCCUGGGCUGACAUGACUCUCCUCUGGGUCGCAGCGUGGCCGAGGAUCUGAACUGCUCGGAGUAGCACCGGCCAAACCCACCUGUAACUCUCCCCGCCGAGCAAUCAAUGAGUUUGGAAACGCCGCCAGCCCUGGCUACUUCCUCUAGUACAAUUGGGUCUGCCGGGAGAUGGCAUCCAUAAUUCAGCUUUUCAGUCUCUGGUGAAAUUGGUGACCCCUUCUUUCAUGUGAAAAAACCAUGACAGAAACUGCAGUUCGCAUGGGGGCCGUCCACGCUGUAAAGGAAGUGUGGGAAAACAGGAUCAAGAAACACACUGAAGACCUGAAGCGAGAAAAAGAGUUUCAGCAGAAGUUAGUGAGAAUCUGGGAAGAAAGAGUAAGCCUAAGUAAGCUGAAGGAAAAAGUCAUCAGGGAAGAUGGAAGGGUCAUUUUAAAAAUAGAAAAAGAAGAAUGGAAGACCCUUCCUUCUUCACUACUAAAACUGAAUCAGCUGCAGGAGUGGCAGCUACAUAGAACAGGUUUAGUAAAAAUUCCUGAAUUCAUUGGACGAUUCCAGAACCUUAUUGUAUUGGAUUUAUCCCGAAAUGCAAUUUCAGAGAUACCUCGAGGAAUUGGACUGCUGACAAGACUUGAGGAGUUGAUUCUCAGUUACAACAAAAUCAAAACUGUUCCCAAAGAGCUGAGUAACUGUGCCAGCUUGGAGAAACUAGAACUUGCUGUCAACAGAGAUAUUUGUGAUCUUCCACAGGAGCUCAGCAAUCUACUGAAGCUCAUUCAUCUUGAUCUGAGUAUGAACCAAUUUACAACAAUUCCUUCAGCUGUACUACACAUGCCUGCUCUUGAGUGGUUAGAUAUGGGAAGCAACAAACUUAAAACACUUCCUGACUCUAUAGACAGAAUGGAAAACCUACAUACAUUAUGGCUCCAGCGGAAUGAAAUUACAUGUUUACCAAAAACCAUCAACAACCUAAAGAACUUGGGAACUUUGGUUCUCAGCAACAACCAACUACAAGAUAUUCCAGAAUGCAUGGAAGGAAUGACAAAUCUCAGGUUUGUCAACUUCAGGGAUAAUCCAUUAAAACUAGAAGUAACACUUCCUCCCUGUGAAAAUGCAGAUGAAGAGGAGGAAAAGGAAUUAUUUGGUAUCCAAUUUAUGCAUGCAUAUAUCCAAGAGUCCCGCAGGACAGCAGAAAAUAAAGAAAAUUGUCCAACAGUUUUGCCGGUCUCUGUAAGUAAUGAUGAAUAAAAUAUCUCAAGAUGACAUACUGAAGAGGAUUAUUUUGAGG